AUGGAGAGAUUGAAAAAGCAAAACGAGGCCUACCGUACACAGAUCCAACUACUUCAGGAAGCGGAACUUCAAGCUCAAAAAAAUCAUCGAUCAGUUGUGGAUGGCUAUAAUGAAUUACUCAAUGAGAAGGAGGAAACGGAUAAAGAGAAUGAGAAGUUGCGUGACCAAGUCCAACAACUCGGAGAGUCAAAAGUCAAAGAAAACGAAAAAUUUCGACAAUUGGUUCUGAAAUACAAUCAAUUGGUGCGACAGUAUGAAGAGUUGAAAGGAGACAUUGAAAAAUUGGAAUCAGAGGUUGAGGAGUCAAACGAAAAGUGGAUAGAUUACUCGAAAGAUAUGGAGGAGAAGUUGGAAGAGGCUGAAAAUGAAAAAGAGAAAGCUGAAGAGGAAGUCGAGACGAUGAAAGAACAUUUCAAAAUGAGGAGGGGGAAUAUGGCGCAGAAUAUGAGCGUGCUCCGUGAGCAGAUGGAAGAAAAGGACAAAGAGAUUGAAAAAUGGAAGAACCACUGCAAUGAGAUCAACCACAAAGCAUACGCAUUCCGCAGUCGGCAGGUGAAAAGAAGACUGUUCCAUCGAUUGGACGAUAAAUUAGAGUUUGGAGACGAGCAGGAGCAGAAAACCGCCGAACGUAAUAUCAAGACAAUGAGUGUCAUGCUGAGAAAAGGAGAAGAAAUUAACGAGUUGAUCGAAGCUGAGAAUUAA